AUGCCGUUGGACGAGCUGACAAAGAAAAGAAGAACGCGCGCAGCGCACAGAGGUUCAGCAACGAAGAUAGGAACGAAGAUAAAAGAAUGUUUAGCGAAUACGAAUGAAACGCCUCAGACGGACAAGAAUGUGCUGAAACAGAGCGAGAAACUCGAAGCCUUGAAACCUUUAGACAACGAGAUUGUCGAGAUACUAAGUAAUAGCGAAGCUGAAGACGCAGAACAAUAG